CUGAAGAGAGAAUCAAAUCAAUUAAUCAGAUCAGUGGGAAUCUUGUUGCUGGUGAAUUGGGAUUGGUCUAUCUGAAUUUUGAUGACGAAUUAAAACCCAGCCAGUAUGAUAAGUUAUUGCUGGAGGAUGGGGUUAGCCGGUUAGGAAGAACCGUACAAUCUGCACUUAAUUCUCUUAACAUGGUGGUGGUGAUAAGAAAAACAAGAAGAAACUCAAUAUCCAAUGUGGGUUUCUUUUUAUCUAUCAGACUGAGAAACAGAAAGAGAGAAAGAGGAGUAGAAUGGAGAGCAGCAAACUUGUUGAACCAGUAGAUGACAGGAAACAUCAUUUCUUUAAGAUCUUACAAGGAGAAGUGCAAAACAGAAUGCGCAUUCCUGAGGCAAUCUGUUCUAGAUUACCCACAGACUCUCCAAGAUGUGGAUUGGCAGUUGUUGAGGGUCCUAAUGGAGCAUCUUUGAUUGUAGAAGUGAGCAAAACUCAAGAUGGCACCUACCUUGAGGAAGGCUGGGAAAUUUUUGUGCAAGAGAAUGGCUUAAAGAAGCUUGAUAUCCUAGAUUUUAGGCAUGAUGGUGGAAUGCAGUUCCAUGUUAAGGUUUUCGAGGGAAAUGAAUGUCCAAGAGAAGAGUGUUUUGCUCCUGUUCCUUCUCCAGUUCCUGCGCAAGAAAGUCAUGGACUACGAGAAGAAUGUUUCACACCUGUACCUUCUCCACUUGAGCGAGAAAGAAAGCGACAAGGAAGCCCAUGUGAAAGUUCAAACUUGAAAAAGAGAGACUCUUUUAAUCACGAGAAGUUUGCUUCAGCAAUAGAAGUUGAGAGCAAAGUCAAAUCUUUCAGUUCUCCCUUUCCUUUCUUCUGGACCUCUGUGAAGCUCUCCGAUGUUUGUCGUAUGAGUAUACCGGCUAAAUUUGCAAGAGAACAUCUUCAAACUAAUAUGAAAGGUAGGGAAGAAAAAAUGGAUGUCUUGCUACAAAAUGAGGAAGGCGGCACUUGGGAGCUUCGUGUCUGCUCAUAUGUAACCCAAAACUAUUUCAUUAAAGGAUGGAAAAUGUUUGCCACGGACAACAAGCUGAAAAUCGGUGAUUUCGUGAUCUUUGAACUCAUUGAUAAACGUCCAGAUGCAAAGUUCGUAAUGAAUUUCCAUAUUUACCGGAACUAUGAUGGGCAUCCAUUACUAUGUACGUAUAGAGUAGAGUAGACAGAUAGAGUCACAGUGACACUGAUACACUUGCCGCAUAAUGGAUGUGAUGGGCAUUAAACCAAGUCAUCAGUCAGGUUCUGAUUCUAAUGACCUUUGCUAAGCACGUCCACCCUUGGCGUUGGGUGUCUAAGUUUUCACAGUCGUCGAACAACCAGCAAAAGUGGCUGUAGUUUAGUGGUAAGAAUUCCACGUUGUGGCCGUGG